UAACAGAAUAUGAAAACCGAAGGACGUUCCAACGAACCUCUCUACUUGUAUUUACCCAAAGUUAUAUUUUGUGUGAAGUAAACGCAAAGACAUUCUCAUCUACAUUCUGUUGCUGAUAUCUUUAUUUUUUAAAUGCACCAUGAAAAAGUUAACAACUUACCAAUCAUAUUUGUCAUUUACUGGAAUUUCGACUCGUUAUUGAAAAUUAAAUGACUAUAACAUGAAUGAACCAAUACAUAAUCUAAUCAUAGCAUGGUCAAUUGUACUAACCUAGUCACCAUCCGAUUUAGCAAACAACAACCAUCGGUUGCAAUCUUAUUUGAGAGAGCGUGAUGCUUCUUUCUUUAUAAAAGGUUUAUAUUGCAUGGCCACAUGGACCACAAACUCAUACAACUAAAGCAGCAAAACAACCCUUAUUUAGCUGCAUUCUUGCAAUGGUUCGCGCCGAGAUCGACACUGGAGCUCCUUUCCGAUCUGUUAAAGAGGCUGUCACUCUCUUCGGCGAAAGGAUUCUUCUCGGAGAUAAUUACAUCAACAAGUCCCAAGAGAGAAACAAUGGAGAUAACGGAGUUAGAAGCAAAAGCAUAGAAGCUGAGCUUGAUGAAGUAAAGGAGAAUCUAAAGAAAGCAGAAGAAGAGAACAAGGUUUUAUCUCAGCUACUCGAAACUCUGACACAAGAGCUUGAAACGACUAAAGAAAGGUUAAGCCACUCGCUCAGAAAAUUCCCUGAACACCCUCAAGAUGAAGAUGACCUGAAAUUUAUAGAGCAAUCCACGGUUACUGUACCGGAUACAGUAACCGAGAUCAAGAUGAACCGGUUUGAUGAAAAUGAGGUGUAUGAUGAGGAUCGUUUGGAGAGGAGGCGUUCGGUGAAGUUUGCGAAUCCACCAUUGUUAACGAAAGUCAUUGAGAGCAAAGAGGAGAAGAAGAAGAACCAAGUUAUGGUGAAGAAGCAGACAAAGAAGAUGAAGCCAUUGGCUGCUUGGCUCUUCGCAAGAAAAUCGGUCUAGUUAACCACUUUUAGCAAUCCUUGCCUUGCGUUUAUAUGCCUUACAUAUUCUGAAAUAACAACCCCCAAAAUAAUACUAGUUAUUAUUUUGGGGGUUCAUUCAACUUAAAUUUGUAAUAGUUUUCUUGUCGAUAUGCAUGUAACUACAUAGACAAAGUGGAUCAUGUCAAAUGUUUUAAGGGAGUUUAGGAUCCGAAUAUGAAUAAUAAUCACAUGGUUCAUGUGUUUGAUA